GUGAUUCGAUUAGAGCGUGAAUCCGUCAUCCCCAUUCUGAAGCCCAAGCUCAUCAUGACUUUGGCCAACCUCAUUAGUAUUCACUUCUCCUUUUCCUCGUCUCUUCUGGGUCUUUUUUUCUUUUUGUUUCCCUAAAAAUUGGAUUGCUUUGUCCUAAUCGCUCUUCUCGCUUACCCAAUUUGUUAUUUAUAAGCUUUAAACGUGCUUGAAUUAGUAGAUGCAAUGCAAUAAACAGCAUUGAAGACUCCACCUUAUCAGUUUCAAUUUUGGAAUGUAGUUUCUAGAUGGAACCAUCCUCUCCCCUACUCACAAUUAUGUGUUUCACAUGCGUCCUCCUCCUUUUAUUUGAGUUGCUCAAUCGGUCUCUAACAUAGCUCAGAUCGGGCUGAGUUUCUAAAGUUCUGCAAGAGAGUGGAGUACACAAUUCGAGCCUGGUAUCUUCUUCAGUUUGAGGAUUUGAUGCAAUUAUACUCCCUCUUUGAUCCUGUAUAUGGGGCUCAGAAAUUGCAGCAGCAGAAUUUAUCUCCUGAAGAAGUUGAUGUACUUGAACAGAAUUUCUUGACAUAUUUGUUUCAGAUGAUGGAGAAGAGUAAUUUUAAGACAACUACAAAUGAGGAGAUCGAAGUUGCACUUGCAGGGCAAUAUCUUCUUAAUCUUCCCAUAACAGUUGAUGAAUCUAAGAUUGACAAGACACUUCUGAAAAGAUAUAUUUCAGAGCAUCCCCAAGAAAACCUUCCAGAUUUUGCUGUUAAGUACAUUAUCUUCAGACGUGGGAUAGGAAUUGAUCAUACAACUGAUUACUUUAUCAUGGAGAAAGUGGACAUGAUCAUUGCACGUCUUUGGGCAUUUCUUUUAAGGCUAACUAAGUUGGACAAACUUUUAAGCAGAAGAUCAAGAGGACAUCAUAAGAAAGAGCCAAAGAAGGAUGAUGAAAUUAACCCUGAAGCAGACAGUGAACAUUUGUAUGUUGAGCGGAUCCGUCUUGAAAAUAUGGACCUAAGCAUCAAGAACUUGGUGGGCAAGACUACAAUCCAAGAACCUACUUUUGAUAGGAUAAUUGUUGUUUACAGGAAAGCAAGCGCCAAACCAAAUACAGAACGAGGAAUAUAUGUAAAACAUUUCAAAAAUAUUCCAAUGGCAGAUUUGGAAAUAGUCCUUCCUGAAAAGAAAAAUCCAGGAUUAACUCCUAUGGACUGGGUCAAGUUCCUUGUCUCUGCUAUUGUUGGACUGGUUGCUGUAUUUAGUUCUCUUGAAAUGCCUAAAGCUGAUCUGUGGGUCAUUUUUGCCAUUUUGUCAACUGUGAUUGGUUACUGUGCUAAGACAUAUUUCACGUUUCAAGCAAACAUGGCUGCAUAUCAGAAUUUAAUAACACAGUCCAUGUAUGACAAACAACUUGAUAGUGGAAGGGGCACUUUACUUCACUUAUGUGAUGAUGUGAUUCAACAGGAAGUGAAGGAGGUAAUCAUCUCAUUCUUUAUACUAAUGGAGCAAGGUAAAGCUACCAAGGAGGAUCUGGAUCUACGGUGUGAGGAACUAAUUAAAGAGGAGUUUGGAGAGAGCUGUAACUUUGACGUGGAUGAUGCAGUUACAAAGCUAGAGAAGUUGAAAAUAGUUUCUCAGGAUUCUAUUGGACGAUACAACUGUGUUGGAUUGAAACGUGCUAAUGAGAUAAUUGGUGUGACCACUGAGGAACUUGUGCUGAUGGCAAGACAAGGUUCUAUUUCAGCUUAAUGUUUGCCUUGGUUGGUGAUAAUUCUACUCAUAUGGACGCACCUUUGCUCCAAGGUUUCAUUCGGAUGGAAGGCAUCGACUUGUUCUUGCUGCUAGUUGUUUUUUUUUUUUUUUUGGUUUUCACUUGAGUAGUAGUGUGCUAAUACAAGUAAUAGUAUUUACAAUUACAAGCAUUUUUUACGGCUUCUUGCUUAACUUGUGCUUGUAACUUUUCAUUUAAAAUCCUGCAUGUAAUUUUUUUUUGGAGUAUAAAAGAAGGGUGUUGAGUUCUUUUGUUUUAAUUUAUGUAAUCUCGGCCGGCCAUCUUGUAAAGAUUAAAAUCAGGAAAAUUAACACUAGUAAUUGUUUUGUUGAAAAUUUGAAUUGGAUUGGGAUAUGGAAAAUGUAUGUAUAUACUUGUACUAAUAGUAAUAGAGAUGUGAGAUACAUAUAUAGGGAAGAAUAGAAUUGCAAGAGGCAGAAAAGUAAAAUGAGUUGGCUAAGGAGUUGGCUAAGGUAAGCUUAGGGAGUAGGGACUCCAAGUCAAGUCCAAGUAGAGCAGCCAGCAUCCAUGGCUAUUUGCCAUUGACCACAUAACUGCAUGCGUACUUUCUCAGACGAAAAGUAAACACAAUCGAUGUGUUGUGCAUCUUUGGCUUUGCAGAAGGUUACUGGCCUGUAAGUACACUUGGACGACCUGUUUGAUUGCUUCCACAUGAUCAGAUUAUGCUCGUUAGGGGGAGCUGAAGACGGUUUAGCAUUAAUUUUAAUCGGUGAAAGUGGGUACAAAUAUUCUCUUCUCGAGUACUAUUAUAAGCUGAUACAUUGAUCCAAAGCCAAAAGCACUUGAAUUAUACAGUAUGCAUGCAUGGUUCCAAAUAAGUGUAAGGUUAUUCUUCUGGGGCUCCUUCUCCUUGUAGGUUGAAAUUCUUAACAAUCUUUAGGGGAUCUGCCCUAAUUCAAAUAGCUGCUUACUAUUUAGCCCUUUUUCUUUCUAAACACACGCAAUGUCCAAUUCUCAUUUUUGUCCUUCCUGGUCAAUGCUGUUGUAGAGUAGACUGGUACAUCUGA